UUUUUUCAACGGUACGCGGCCUGAGUGAACUAUCUUUAUUCACUAUCUUUGACUUGACGUUAUUUUUACAGGAACUGUCAAGGCGGACCAAACCACAAUUCACGUUACGUGAUGAGCGCUGAGGACUCCAACCCCGCUGCCACACCUACUCCUUGUGUGGACACACAGGGAGAUGGCCGAUGGAUGUCUUUGCAUAACCACUUUGUGUCUAACAGCAAGGACAAGGAACCUGAUGUUCUGUUUGUAGGAGACUCCCUUGUCCAACUCUUGCACCAGUUUGAGGUGUGGCGAGAGCUGUUCUCUCCUCUCCAUGCCCUCAACUUUGGAGUAGGAGGUGAUGCAACACAGCAUGUUUUGUGGAGACUUAGCAAUGGAGAGCUGGCCCACAUCAGCCCAAAGGUGGUGGUGCUGUGGGUGGGCACCAAUAACCACGGUCACACUGCGGAACAGACCUGUGGCGGCAUCAUGGCCAUAGUCCAACUUAUCAAGGACAAGCUACCCAACGCUCAAACUGUCAUACUUGGACUAUUGCCCAGGGGUAAGAUGCCGAACCCCCUGCGUGACAGGAACGCUCGGGUCAACAAGCUGGUCCAGGAGGCGGUGUCCUCCCUCCCCCAUGCCUCCCUCCUCAACGUGGACCCUGGCUUUGUGCACUCGGAUGGCAGCAUCUCCCACCAGGAUCUGUAUGACUACCUUCAUCUCACCCCUCAGGGCUACCAAGCGGUGUGCCAGACGAUACACACCCACCUCAAAGGUCUGCUGGAGAAAACAGGCUGAAUACCAAAGGCCAAAGACCAGCUGAUAAACGACUGAUGGCCGACGAUCAAAUGACAGACUCAUAACUGCAGAGGUAAACUAGCCUGAUCCUAGAGUUUCAGGCUACACACUUUUGUACGUAGAUAUAUAGUAGUUAGAAUAUACUUUAGUUGAGGCUUUUGUUCCAACAUGGUUAAUAUAACGACCUAGGUGUGUUGAGGCCUGGGGUGGAACUAAAUGUUACACGACAAAGGCCUUUCAGAAGCAGUGUUGGGGAACGGUGCACUAUUCUAACGCGUGGGACCAUACUGUUAACACCAGCCGGUCUGAGCAACCGACUGCUCAGCACUGUUAUCAUCAAAUGUCUUUAAUUGUCGCAUUUGUUUGCUUAGCACCAUUGGAGUUUGAUUGAGAUGAUUUGAAAGAAGACGUGUUUAUUUAGUUGUAUGGUGUAAAGCAGAUAUACUGCUUCCCAGUAAGCUGGGUUGUCCUAUUUCCUGACUGCAGAUUGAAGAUAGUAUAAGAACUGACUCACAGGAAGAUUGAGGAGACCUGAGCAGUUAGGCCUAAUAUACUAAUAGUUUUUGUUUUCUUUCCCUUUCUUUUUUGCUUCAUUCCAAAAACACACAGUAUUACGGUCCCAUUUAGCUAAAUUGUUGGUAAUUACAUUUUAAAUCCUUUUAAUGGUAUGUCAUAUUGUGUUCAGGCACAGAGACCAUUUACAGUGAGGAUGCAACAAGGCAUUACUUGAUCUUGUCCAGUGUCUGUUUACCAAAAUUGCUUUUUGUGACUCAUUGCAAGACUUAUUUUGUGUGUACAAGUUUGGAGAAUGCAUUGGAGCUGAAUGUUGUAUUUGAAAUAAAUACGUCUAUUUUGGGGUGUGUUUGGCUUGAAUAUAUGAUACGCUAAGAGAACCAAUACUUCCUAUAAAAGGCUGUUUGUGUAUACUGAUUAGGUAGGUUUACCAGCCGCUGCUUUGUUGUUUGUGUUGCUGAUCUUGAAUGGUGGUAGUGGGAAAACUGAGUCUGUGAUGUCAAGAUGCAUUGCAUUAAAACCAAUGAAAGCUUU